AAAGAUCAAGGAGUAAUUUGCUGAGAAAAACUGUAGAGAUUAGUGAAGUGAAGCUGCUUGUCUGUUUCUUUACAAGCCAGCUUGUCAUGGACUGGCACUCUCUCUUACAAACAUAUAUUCACAGAGACACAGACACAUAAAUUCAAAAACACCCAUUUUUUUUGUCAGUUCUUGAAAAAGGACAAAAGGAUAAUUGCUGUUUUUUGCAUUUUAAGUUCUUUGUGUUAAGCACAGUUAAAGAUUCUACAUUGCAUCUAGUUUGAGUAAUCUGUUACACUUUCUUGUCUCUCUAGAUUUUUAGCUUUCUGGGUUUUCUUUAUUUUAAGCAGCUUUUUAUGAGCAUUGGCAAAUUUUUUUUCUUUUUGGCCCACAAUCAACUUCAAAUCUACUCUUUCAGUCCUCUUUUGGAGCUUUUUCUCAGUAAAAUCCAUUUCUUUCUCUACUCUUUUCAGUACUGAUUUCAAAGUUCAAAAGAAAAAAACAGUCUUUACAGUUAUUUAAAUUUUGAAAUAUCUUUUUAAAUGCUUUUAACUUGUGAUUCUUGCAUUUAUCCUUAGCAAGAGGCCUUAGUCUACUGUUUUCAGAUUUAUUUUUGGAUAAAGAAAUGGACUUUGUUUGGUGAAAACCCUGUGAUUUGAUAUCAUAAUUGAAGCAUACCAGAAGGUGAUUUCUUGUGCUAAUUGCGCAAGAAAUCAUGGAAGAGAGUUUUGUACCGUUUCGUGGAAUCAAGAAUGAUGUUAAACAGAGAUUGGCAUGUUACAAGCAAGAUUGGACUGGUGGUUUAGAGGCAGGCUUCAGGAUCUUGGCACCCACUAUGUACAUAUUUUUUGCAUCAGCAAUUCCAGUUAUUUCAUUUGGAGAACAAUUGGACAGAGAAACAGAUGGUGUUCUCACGGCUGUUCAGACUUUGGCUUCCACUGCAUUGUGUGGUAUUGUGCACUCUAUUAUAGGAGGUCAGCCUUUGCUGAUCCUUGGAGUUGCAGAACCAACUGUGAUUAUGUACACAUUUAUGUUCAACUUUGCUAAAAGUAGACCUGAUUUGGGAUCAAAGCUCUUCCUGGCAUGGACUGGAUGGGUAUGUUUGUGGACAGCUCUCUUGUUGUUUCUACUUGCUAUCUUAGGAGCAUGCUCCAUCAUCAAUAGGUUUACACGUCUCACGGGCGAGUUGUUCGGGCUUUUGAUCGCCAUGCUUUUCAUGCAGGAAGCUAUCAAAGGACUUGUUAAUGAAUUUCACAUACCCGAAAGAGAAAAUCCCAAGUUGAUUCAGUUUAAACCCUCUUGGAGAUUUGCAAAUGGGAUGUUUGCAUUGGUUCUCUCAUUUGGCCUUCUGUUGACUGCUUUAAGAAGCAGAAAAGCAAGGUCGUGGCGCUAUGGUUCAGGGUCACUUCGAGGCUUCAUAGCAGAUUAUGGUGUGCCUUUGAUGGUGUUGGUUUGGACUGCUGUAUCCUAUAUUACAUCAGGUAGUACUCCAGAAGGAAUCCCAAGGCGUCUUUUCAGUCCAAAUCCAUGGUCAACAGGUGCCUAUAAGAACUGGACUGUGAUGAAGGAUAUGCUAAAUGUUCCGGUUAUUUAUAUAAUUGGAGCUUUCAUUCCAGCAACAAUGACUGCAGUGCUCUAUUAUUUUGACCAUAGUGUGGCAUCUCAGCUUGCUCAGCAGAAAGAAUUUAACUUGAGAAAACCACCUUCAUUCCAUUACGAUUUACUACUUUUAGGAUUCAUGGUUAUAAUGUGCGGUCUUCUUGGGAUCCCUCCCUCAAAUGGUGUUAUUCCACAGUCUCCCAUGCAUACCAAAAGCCUGGCUACACUAAAGCACCAACUGCUUCGUAAUCGCCUUGUGGCAGCAGCACGCAAAUGUAUGAGUAAGAAUUCAAGCUUGGUAGAAGUGUAUGAGAGCAUGCAAGAAGCCUAUCAACAGAUGCAAUCUCCAUUGAUCUAUCAAGAACCUUCUGCUCUGGGAUUGAAGGAAUUAAGGGAGUCAACAAUUCAGAUGGCAAGCGUGGGCAAUGCUGAUGCCCCGGUUGAUGAGACAAUGUUUGAUGUUGACAAGGAAAUUGAUGAUUUAUUACCUGUUGAAGUCAAAGAACAGCGUCUUAGUAACUUGCUUCAGUCUAUAUUCGUAGGAGGAUGCGUUGCGGCCAUGCCUUUGAUAAAAAGGAUACCAACCUCAGUUCUCUGGGGUUAUUUUGCUUUCAUGGCCAUUGAGAGUUUACCUGGAAACCAAUUCUGGGAGCGGAUCUUGUUGCUAUUCACCGCUCCAAGCAGAAGAUACAAAGUGCUGGAGGAAUACCAUGCCAGUUUUGUGGAAACAGUGCCUUUCAAGACAAUUGCAAUAUUUACAGUUUUUCAAACAGCUUACCUGCUAGUCUGUUUUGGGAUUACAUGGAUUCCAAUUGCUGGGGUUCUUUUCCCUUUAAUGAUCAUGCUUUUGGUACCUGUAAGACAAUACAUUUUGCCUAAGUUUUUCAAAGGAGCUCAUCUUCAGGAUCUGGAUGCUGCAGAAUAUGAAGAAGCUCCAGCUUUAUCAUUCAAUCUACCAUCUCAGGAAAGAGUGAUGAGUAGAUCAGCCUCAUUUGCAGAUGAUGGAGAAAUUUUAGAGGGAAUGAUGACACGAAGCAGGGGAGAGAUAAAAAGCAUACGCUCAAGUGGUACGAGCACACCAUCAAAAGAACUAAAGAACAGUAAUAGUUUCUCAGAUAAGGUGAUUAGCCCCCGAGUUAGUGAGCUGCGAGGAGAGCUGAGUCCUCGGCAAGGAGGAAGAGGACCGUUUAGUCCAAGAACAGCAGAACCAAAAGCUUGUUCUAAUCUAGGAAAAACUGGUUAAGUGCUCAUAUACUUUCUUACUCAACUAGUCAAGAUAUGAUAUCUAUUUGUUUAGUCAUUAGUGCAAUUCUUUGUACAAUGUUUUUGUAAUUAGAAAAACCAGUUGCAAAGGAAUUCAACUCAUGUGCAUUAAUUUCUCUGCUAGCUAUUCAUGCAACACAUUUCUAA